AUGGCUCGAAGUUUCUCUAUUCGAGGCGGAGGAGACGCCAACCUCACCUUCACCAUUGGGGAGCCAGCUCUACGGGCCCAGGGUUUGAGUCUCCAGACCUGGACAUCCUCUUUCGUUCUUGCAGGACUGCUUCACAAACUUCCUGUCGAUUUUUCUUCUCCUACUCCCGUCCCUGUGCUGGAACUCGGAGCCGGCACCGGACUAGUUGGUCUGGCAGCAGCAGCCCUUUGGAAAGUGCCAGUAAUUCUCACCGACUUGCCUGCUUUCGUUUCCGGACUAGCAGGAAAUGUCAAUCUGAACGCGGCGACAGUGAACGGGUUUGUUCGGUGCGGUUCGCUCGACUGGAGUCAGCCAGACUCGCUGAUUCUCCAGGAUGGCACCCGUUACGAAGCCGACAAGCACCAAGCUCGUAUAAUCCUCGCAGCUGACACGAUAUAUUCCGAAGAACACCCCGAGUUGCUAGCUAGAACCAUCUUGCGUUGGCUCGCUCCAGGUCCGACUUCCCGUGUCAUCUUGACAUAUCCCCUACGCGUAGCCUACCUCGAUCUACUUCGAGAGUUAUGGAGCCUCUUGGAAGCAGGUGGACUCGAAGCGAUCCAGGAUGGUCAAGAGCAAGAUGACGAUGUCCACGACUGGGAUGAUGAAUGUCUCUGUGAAUGGAGUGUCUGGAGGUGGAAGCAGGUCGACGGCCUUAUAGCGCAGGGUAAUGGAAACACUUGA